AUGGAUUCUUUCGCCUCCAACAAUUCCCAGGUUCUCGAUCCCGAUGACCCGACGGUAACUGGAGAACGCAGGAACCAGCUGGACGACCCCGAGGAUAUCGAGAGAGCGUGCUUGAAGCAGAUGAACUACAAGGCUCGGCGGAAGUACCAACAGCGGAUUAGAAUCGAAUUCAACAUCACAUCGGUCCUCAAUCGCCAGAAGUUCCUCAUGCGGCUUGCGAAGGCGUUGAUGACGUUCGGAGCACCCUCUCAUCGUAUCGAGUCUCAACUGCUUUCUGCGUCGCGUAUCCUCGAAGUCGACGCAGAGUUCAUUCAUAUCCCCGGGGUCAUCAUCUGCUCGUUCGGUGACCUAGAAACGAAGACGUCCGAGAUGCAUUUCAUCAAGUGCGGCGGCCGUCUCUCCCUCGGUAGCCUGCAUGAGGUUCACCAAAUUUACCGAGAAGUGGUGCACGACGAAAUCAGUGCUCGCAGGGCGACGGAGAAACUCGAUGCGUUGUUAAAAGCCAAGCCGCUAUACGGACGACCCCUUCGGAUCACCUUAGCGUUCUGCCUGUCCCUCCUCAUCUGCCCGCUUGCCUUCGGUGGAUCGUUCGUGGACAUGUGGAUUGCCGGACUCUGCGCCGGCGGUCUGUGCCUCAUGCAACUCACCGUGGCGGCAAAAAGCCAGCUGUACGCUAACGUCUUCGAGAUCUCAGUCACGAUAGUCGUAUCUUUCGCCGCCCGGGGUCUCAGUAGCAUCCGUAGUCAGGUCUUCUGCUACACUGCCAUAUCGUCGGCUAGUAUCAUAGGAAUUCUUCCAGGCUAUUUGAUUCUGAGCAGCUCUCUCGAGCUCGCGUCUAAGAACAUCGUUUGUGGAAGCGUGAAGAUGGUCUAUGCCCUGAUUUACACACUCUUCUUGGGGUUCGGCUUACAGAUUGGCUCAGACAUUUACCUUCUUUUCGACCGAAGCGCAAGGCACGAACUCGCUGCUCUUGCUGCCCGUAUGAUGACUACAGCUUCGAUUACUGGCACUUUCGUAUCCGAUAACGGUACCUUCGCCAACAUCAACCACGGUGAGCCCCUCACGGGUACCUUCAGCUUCACGUCCGAGGCACCAUUCCACCGGGAGCAUAUAGUCGAUGGGUGCUAUCGUCCGCCGAGCUUUCCAUGGUACCUCCAGAAAUUCCCCUGGUGGACGCAGUUCAUCAUCGUGCCCAUCUUCUCCGUGCUGUCCUCGUUGGCCAAUCUGCAGCCUCUGUGGACCGUGGAGCUCGUAGUCAUGGUCGUCAUCUCUUGCGUGUCCUAUGCAGCGAACAAGAUCGCGAAUCACUUCAUCUUCAACCGCUCUGACGUUGUCUCUGCGAUUGGCGCGUUCGCGGUCGGCCUCCUCGGGAAUCUCUACUCGCGAAAGAUGGGUGGGACGGCAUUCACAUCCAUGGUCACUGGCGUACUGUUCCUGGUGCCUUCUGGCCUAUCGCAAGCGGGGGGUAUCACCGCCCAAGGGAACGGCAUUGACAUCGGAGGCGCAAUGAUUGCGGUCACUAUCGGUAUCACAGUUGGGCUCUUCAUGAGUCAGGCACUUGUCUACAUGUUUGGCUCUCGAAAGAACGCUGCCAUCUUCUCGUUCUAG